GAGGAAGAGAUCGUCGGCCCGUCGUAAAAAGUUUCAUCGUGGAGGGAACGAGAGAGAGAGAGAGAGAGAAAGUGGCGUGUGUUUUGUCGUCACGACACUAGGGGUUCGUCAAGAGCCGGCGGCCAAAGACCAGACCAGAGUGCCGGAGUGAUGCGACGCUGAAAGCACGCAGUACAUCAUUCAGUAGGCAGUUAAAAAAAAUAGUGAGGAAAAAGGAGGUUUCCGAAACGAUUCGGAUAUUUAAUAAUAUUCGGAUAAUCAAUAGUGGACAGUGGUGUGGUGCAUCGGGGAAAUUUGAAGCGGUGAAGGAUUAAAAAUGCGCCGACUUGGAGCAAAAGGUGGUAAGCGAAGAAAAUCCGAAACAUCCAGCGACGCUGAGGCUAACUCUGAGGAAAAUGGCGGUGGGGACGGAGGUACCGCUAACGAGAGCGUUGAUUCAUCCGAUACCGGCGAUAUCAACAAUAGCAAGACUACUGCUAAAAUCACUCCCAACAAUAAAAAAAGAUCGCGUCCACGGUCGAAACGAGCGGACGACUCGGGACCGGUACCAGUUCCCAAUUCGGAUUCUCACAAUAAAGAUGACGCAGAGAUGGGCGAGGAACAAACGAGUAUUGAGCCUGAUACGAAACCCGAAGUCGAAAAAGAAAAUGGUAACGAGCGCAAAAAUAGCGCGAAGAAGCGUAAAAAAGACAAAUCGAAAACCACUGCCGCUGCUGCUUCAACCUCCCAGGAUAACGAUAAUGAAUACGAGGUAGAAAAAAUCGUUGCUCACAGAACGAUUAAGGGUAGACGACAGUUUCUGGUACGCUGGAAAGGAUACAACAAGGAUUCAGAUACUUGGGAGCAGGAGAAGGAUCUUAAUUGUCCAAAAUUGAUUGAGAAUUUCUUGGCGGAUGAGGAAGAUGAACGAGAAGAAGAACGUCCAUCAGAGGAGAAUGAGAAACUUGAAAACGACAAUGACAAUAAAAACUCGACUCCGAUAGAAACCACUCCAACGUCUAAGUCUAAAAAAACUAGGAAGUCUGUUGGCAAAAAGGAUAAAGAUAAGCAGCCUCAGAGUACAAAAAAAAAAGAAGCACAAACAAAUGCAGAUGCAGAAGAAGAAGAAGAAGAUGAAACGAAAGAGUUUGAAGUCGAGAAAAUUAUAGAAGUACAUUUUAAGAAGAACAAGGAACGAGAAUUUCUCAUCAGAUGGAAGGGUUUCAAUUCGAAUGAUGACACGUGGGAACCCGAAGAGAAUCUCAAUUGUCCUGAACUAAUAUCCAAGUUCAUGCAGAAGGUGGAAAAAGCCAAAUCAUCAGAAGGUCGCGAGCUCAGGACUAAUCCGUCGCAUACAAAACGUUAUACUUUGACCACUCACGAAAGCGGUAGAAGAUGGUCGCGUCGAAACGUGGACAAGCAACGGACCACAUAUUACCAGUGCAGUGAAUAAAUGAUGACACGGAAAGAGAACGCACGAUUGAAUAUAAAGUUUAUUACCCCGUAUGAGUAAAACACGUGAAAUUUGUAGCUUUUAGUUUGUCCUCUACUAGUUCAUCAUCAGACGAAUAUAUGCCCUUGAAAAACGAAGACAAACGAAAAGCAAUUUUUUUAUAUUUCUUUUUUUCUUUAGGAUUUCAAGAAUAAUCCUAUUAAGUUGAUCACUUCUCUAUUUCUCUCUCGCUUUGUCUCUAGAAACACUGUUAUUCCAGAUUAUGGAAAAAAAGAGACCGAAAUAGAGCAUUUAUAUCAAAAAAGGGACACGGCACAAUUUCUUCAUUUUAUGUAACCAGGCUUCACUUAUUAUUUCACGAAAAUCUCUUGACAUAUAUAUACAUAUAUAAUUAUAUAUUGAAAGAUUAUCGCGAUAGAAAUUACGAGAAAGUUUAUGAAAACUAUCAACGUUUAGUACAGGAUAAAAAUCACCAAGCGUAAUUUGUAUCUACAUUGUUUACUUUGGUCGAAUGAAUCUGCCGGCUGAGUCAAAGAUUGUCACUUCAUUUCAAUUCUUCUUUCGUUAAAUUUUUUUUUUAAUUGCUUACUUUUUAAUAAUAAGUGGUUACGAAUGAGAAAAGUAAUAUGUACUGCGAGAGGGUAACAGUGUAAUUUAAGUGAUUUUCACAAAGGUACUGACAACUUUAAGAGCGUGCGAUUUAGAAAAUAAGAACACUGAAUAAAAAUGAAAGAAACAAAGAUAUGUAUGCUCAACGUCAGAACAGAAAAAAAAUCACAAUGUGAGUAUACAGCGUAAAUUUAAUUCUAUCCAAAAAGCUGUCAACGUGUAUGUACAAUUAUAGACAAAAUAUUGAAAAAAAACUGUUUUCAUUUUUAACCUCCAAAUAUCCCUUUCUAGAUUGGAGAAAAUAAUUGUUACUUCGUAGAAUUCCCAUCGAUCCAAUUUUCUUUUUUUUUUGCUCUUCAAAAACCUCUAAACUUGUACCCAUCACACAAUAACUAUGAUUGUUACCUUCACCAAGUAUAUGUAGGAUAAGAUUUUUUUUAGUAUGAAAAUACGGCUGUAAUGCGAUAAACGUAAUUUAUGUAGCGCGAAAAUUCACUUUUACAUUGUCAGUAGCAACUUGGCAACAAAAACGAAAUCUCCUAUUGUGUAUACAGGUGACUAUGUAUAAAAUAAACAAUCUAUAUUGUAAUUUUAAA